UUUUCUAUCUAUCUGAUGGAAGUCUUCAAACUUCAAGUCUGCAGCGUACGGCACUGUACGGCACACAUGGCUCUGCUCUGCGAGGUUUGUUUGGCAUUGUCGUGAUUAGCAUUCAAAUUUAUUAAAGAGUCUAACCAAGUCUAACUUGACGGCCAGGACGGACGUGAUCCACUUCGAGUGUUCUAUCAUUUUAAAAUUUUUUGAACAGUUCUGACGAAACCUGGCAGAGAACCUCGAAGAAGCUUUGUAAUGAUUUUUCAAUACAUCGCGAAUGUAAAAUAAUUAAAAGACUUUGAGAUCUGACGACUUUAAAGAUCAAUUGAUGAGGACCUAACGUUGCAGAACCAUGUCGAGUUAUGCGAAAGUGUGCGCGCCGCUCCCCAAAAGUCAAACUAGUCAUAUCAAGAUCUGUGAAAACACUCAGCAGUAUGUCAUCAAUUUUUUGCAAAACUUGCUGCCACCGUCCGACCAUAAAGCUAUUUCCGACGAGUUGCGAAAGACCUUCAUAUUUAACAAGAUUAAGCCGAAGCCCAAGCAGAAAGUGAAGAAGGGCAAGUUCUUCUCCGCCAGGAAGAGGCUGCGCUUCGGUUUGGGCAGGAUCGGUAAUAAGAAUCAGAUGAGAUACUCCGAUCUCUUGCCCUUGAAUCAGCUGUGGCUGCAGUACAUGCGUGAGAUGCUCGGUGUCGAGUCGUUCGCCGAUAUACCGAGGGAUCCUAGCAGUCCACAUUGGGAGAACGCGAAUCUGCAGUUGAUGAAGGCUGAUUUUCACGGUGCUAAAAUAUCGAUCGACAGAUCAAGAUGCCCCAGUCUGGUAGGAGUUAUGGGAAUCGUCAUACAAGACACAAAGAACACUUUUAGAGUCUGCGGAAUGGACAAUGUUAUUCGAACGAUACCAAAGGAUGUAGUUAAGAUUAACGUUUACUUGGAUGAUGGAGUAACAUUAAAAGCGCUCGGAAGGGAAUUAUCUAUAAGGCCUGCAGAACGAGCGGUUAAAAAGUUCAAGAAUAGUUCAGUUGUGAUGCUGUGAUAAAUAUUACUAGCUAAUCUCUGCGAAUUUAAUAAGUCGUUAUAGCAUUCUAAUGGAGGUAUAUUUAAUAAUAUUAAAGUUUUCGAAUUGUCUCUCAAAGAAGGCACAAGUCAUUUAAUUUGGAAUAAUUUGCAUUUUAGAUCGUCUAGAUUGCAUUCAAUAGCAAGAAUGUGCACACAGUACAAAAGAUAUCGGUAGCAAAUUGAAUUUAGUCGACUUAGCUGGAUCUAAAUGUUUGAAGACUGAAAAAGCUGUUAAGGCAGCGGGGACAAAAUAUUCUAUAUUACAUAUUAUUAUAUAUGAUUGAUGUUUGAAUAUAUGUAUAUAUAUGUAAUAUAAAUAACUGGUUAUCCUUUAUAUAUACAUGUAUAUAAUAAUGAACCAAAAUCGUCUUUUGAUGAACCAUCCGCGAAACGAAGUUGAUUGAGUCAAAACCAAUCCUACAGUAUAUAAGGACUGUAUAAGGAUAAUCAAUGUUAUUUAGAAAAAAAAUUAUAUAUGAUGGUACGUAAUCAUUUUUCUAGAUAACCUUGAUUGUCCUGAAGACCUUAUAAAUUGUAGUUCAUUGGUCUUGACACAAUUAACUUCGUUUCGCGGAUAAGUUCAUCAGAUGCAGGGCCUUGGUUUACUAUUAUUAUUUAUUAAAAUAUAAGUACAAAGAAUAUUAAUAAAUCUCUGGCAAGUCUUGGUAAUGUCAUUUCGGCAAACAA